AAAGCGAAACGAAUGUCGAGCCUUGGAAGAGCGCAAUUCAGCGUAAACUAGGGCAUUCCGCUUACAACGUCACCGCGGAGGACAUCGUAGUCAUCUCUAGCCAAGGCCUUAUAGCCGCGGUGGCUAUUUUGCUGUCCAGAGACGAUAAAAGACAAAAGUACUAUUCUUUUAUAGGCUGGUCAGUGGCCAGAGAGCUGGGUCGCCUCGUCAGUGGUAGUUUGAGGGCGCUACACAGCACGAAAAGCGCGGACCUGCAGCUGUGGUGUUGGGACAGGAUGGACAAGUUGAGCAUGACCACCCUGGUAGCACCAGUGUACCGAAGCCUGUUACUGGGUAGCGCUGUGGCGCUUAUCGCGAGAGAUUUUCGACAUGCUUCGAAGCAGUAUUGCUCGCGCGCUUAGCAAAAAUUUGUGGAUGGACAACCGGACGAAGGAGAUCGCGUCCUCGAGGAUAGCGGCACUGUCGCUCACCUUCGGUUUUGCCAAGGGAAUCAUUCCUCACGUUCCCCUCGAAGAACGGACCGUCACAAAGCGACGGAAUCGGAACGACUUUCGAAACUUGGCAAAGAGCAGCCACGGCUUACCAAUCGUUGUCCCUGGAAGCGAAGGCGAGCUUGCAUUCCCACGAUCUCCUGAUGAGCAACGCUUUCUUCCACGACGACACGGCCACGGUGCAGCUGCAGCCGACUCUGUUGCAGAUGCCCCUGUACGCAGACUCGCUGCCCGUCAGCUUACGGUACGCGGGCCUCGGAUACGUCCUUAUGCACCAGAUGAUGCACGCCCUCAACGAUAUCUUCCCCUUGCUGGAAGGGGACUUACAAGACCCAAAUUUACAGAGCCAUCCUUCAAUCCAGGAGCGCAACCGACGCGUCCGGUGUUUGCGGAACUUCCAUCGAGAAGAGUCGGCGUCACUGGGCAACGCCCUCAGCCGCUACAAAUACUCGGACUGGUUUCGCGGCUUCGCCACAGCGCCGUACCUGUACGAAGCGGUGUUCGAACCGUCGGGGAAUGCCGUCGGGCGCACGAGCCGCGCCCAGCGAGAGGAACGGCUCGAGGGCAUCGAAGAGCUCAGCGCCGAGCAACUCUUCUUCGUGGGCCUAUGCUCGACGCUGUGCGCCAGCGGCGACUCCGACACCACCCCUGCGUUGGCCGAGGAGAGGUGCAAUGUGCCGCUCAUGCACAUGCCGCAGUUCCAGAGCGCCUUCCGAUGUGUCGCAGGUCAACCCAUGAUCCCGACCACGCGUUGCUCCUUCUGGUGACUACUUUGGCAGAGUGGCAAUAGCCGCCCAAGCGAAUAGACGCUGUCUUACGUCAAUUUUCAACGUGUGCCUACCUUGCAUGCUGUUUUGUAAACACGAACACCAUGAAAAACUCAAAGCACGAAUCAAUAUCACGCUCAAGUUUCGCUAAAUGCUGAGGAUGUACUUAUCACGAUUUUUCUUACGCGCUGGCCCAGCAUUUCAGUUCAAUAUUUUGUUCGAUAAAGUAUUGUUUCUUUAGAGUUUCUUGGUUGGUGGAUACUA